AUGGCUAAAGAAAUCGUCCGCCAAGAAUCCCUUGAAGAGCCUGGUGAACGUAGUAGGUUAUGGUAUCAUGAAGACGUUCUUGAUGUACUGAAAAAUAAUACUGGGACGAAAGCAAUUCAAGGUUUAGUCCUGAACUUGCCUGAAUCAGAGAAGGUAAAACUAAAAGCAAAGGCAUUUACGAAGAUGGAGAGGCUGAGACUGCUUCAUCUCAAUAAUGUCCAUCUAAGAGGAAGCUACAAACAUCUCUCUAGAAGACUUGUAUGGCUAUCCUGGAAAGGAUUUUCUUCAAAUUAUAUACCAUCAAACUUAAUUAUGGAUAAUCUAGUUGCCCUUGACUUGAGCUAUAGCAAGCUGAAACAAGUAUGGAGAGGAACGAAGGUUUUGUACAGAUUGAAAUACCUCAAUCUCGGCCAUUCCUAUUUCUUGAUCAAUACUCCAGACUUCACAGGGUUCGCCAGUCUUAAGGAAUUGUUACUUAAUGAUUGUACAGAGCUGGUAGAGGUUCACCAAUCUAUUGAACAUCUGAAAAAUCUUGUUGUCUUGAAUUUGAAGAAUUGCCAUAAUCUUCAGAAGAUUCCCCUGAGCAUUUUCAUGUCGAAGUCUUUACUUCAUGUCAAUCUGUCCGGCUGCUCCAAAUUAGAGUGGCUAGCAUUUUUUCAAGGAUCCCCACCUGAAUCAAGAUUUUCAUCGUUACAGUUAUCAGGUAACAUCAGGAAAUUACAUAUGGAAGACUGCAAUAUAGCAUAUGUGCCCAGCGAAAUUUGUAAUUUGGUGUCCUUCAAAUUUUUGAAUCUUAGCCAAAACAAUUUUUCUAACCUACCAGCUACCAUAAGUAGCCUUCAGCUUCUCAAGGCCCUCUCUGUAAGUAAAUGUACUCGGCUUGAAUCGAUUCCAGAGCUUCCAGUAAAUUUAUUGACAUUGCAUGCAAACUACUGCACAUCAUUGCAAAGCAUAGAAAUAGAAUCAAAAUCAGCAGAAACAUCAUUGAGGAGAUUUUACCAUUGUCCCGACUGUUGUGCAUAUAAAUUUAGUAGAAAUCUCUGUUAUCAGGGUAAUGAAGUGAAAGGUAGUCUGGUUUACAAGGGGUACGACAAGGAUCCUGACUUAUGUGAUGCGUCAGAUCAUUCAAUCACUAUUGCCUCAAAUAUUCCUCCACUUAAUGAAAAUGUGUCUUGGAAUUGGAAGAGUAGUGAAGCGGAAGGUAGUCUGGUGUACAAGGGGAACGACGAGGAUCUUGACUUAUGUGAUACCUCAGAUCACUCAAUCACUAAUGCCUCAUAUAUUCCUCCAUUUUAUGAAAAUGUGUCUCGAAAACGGAAGAGUAAUGAAAAUGUGUCUUGGAAUUGGAAGGUACGUUUUUUUCUCUCGAUUGUAGUCUAG